UUCUUUGUAAACUUGUUGAAAUCACCAUCUCAUGACUUUGUCAAGCUGGAAUACUUAUCAGCAGUCUAGCUGUGAUUGUGGCCAUCACCAUGAGCUUGGCUGCAAAAGCUUUAUUCCUUGUUUCUGCAGUUGUUGUGAUUCAAUUUUCAGGCGUGGUGUCUCAGGAGACAAAUGAGUACUUCCCGGAUGAAAGAGAGGCGUUGAUGCAGAUAAGGGAUAUUGUAAACGCAACAGUUGAUCUACAUAAGAAGUGGACAGGACCCCCUUGUCAAGAAGAUGUGAGCAAAUGGUUUGGAAUCACUUGUUCUAAAGGCCACAUUAUCCGCGUUGUUCUUGAAGGAAUUGAGCUCACCGGCUCUUUCCCACCUGCAUUCCUACAAAAGAUCGCCUUUCUGAAUAGGGUCAGCUUCAAAAACAAUUCAGUUUUUGGCCCUAUUCCCAACCUCACUGGCCUAAUCCACCUUGAAUCCGUGUUCUUCUCCCAAAACAACUUCUCCGGUUCCAUUCCUUUGGACUACAUUGGAUUGCCCAAUUUAACUGUUCUAGAGCUGCAACAGAAUUCUCUUGGUGGCCAUAUCCCACCUUUUGAUCAACCAACCUUGACAACCUUCAACGUCUCAUAUAAUCAUCUUGAGGGCCCGAUCCCAGAAACUCCUGUGCUUCAAAGAUUCCCAGAGAGCUCUUAUGAUCAUAACUCCCAUCUGUGUGGGCUUCCUCUCGGAAAAGUGUGUCCUGCUUUUCCUCCUGCUCCUGCCGCUGCCACAGCACCUCCUCCCCACAUUUCUCCAAAUCCAUCCAAGGAAAAGAAAAAGGGACUCGAAAUAUGGGGUGUUGCUUUGAUUGUGGCUGCAGCAACAUUGGUUCCUGUCCUAGUUAUGGUUGUUUUCUUGUGUUAUUAUAGGAAGUCACAGAGGAAAGAAGCAACAACAGGGCAACAGACAGGAGAGGGUUCCGUAGAGUGGGCAGAAAAGAGAAGACAUAGCUGGGAGAGCAGAGGGGAUCCUGAAAGGACGGUAGCACUAGAAUUUUUCGAUAAGGAUAUACCGGUUUUUGACCUGGAUGAUUUGCUAAGGGCAUCGGCAGAAGUGAUGGGGAAAGGGAAACUGGGCACGACGUACAAAGCAACACUGGAAUCGGGUUCUGCAGUUGCUGUGAAGAGACUCAAAGAUUUGAACGGGUUGAGCAAGAAGGAAUUUGUCCAGCAGAUGCAGUUGCUGGGAAAGACGAGGCAUGAAAACCUGGUCGAAAUAAUCUCUUUCUACUACUCUAAGGAGGAGAAGCUGGUGGUCUAUGAGUUUGUUCCUCAUGGAAGCUUGUUUGAGCUUUUACAUGAGAAUAGAGGAGCUGCAAGAGUGCCUUUGAAUUGGAGUAGAAGACUAUCCAUUAUCAAAGACAUAGCAAAGGGUCUCACUUUUCUUCAUCAAUCCUUACCUUCUCACAAGGUGCCCCAUGCCAACCUCAAAUCAUCCAAUGUUCUUAUCCACUCCACCGGCCAGAACUGCCAUUCCAAACUCGUGGAUUUCGGCUUCUUGCCCCUUCUGCCCUCUCGUAAAUCCUCUGAAAAACUAGCCGUAGCCAAGUCACCUGAAUUCGCUCUAGGAAAGAAGCUGACACAAAAGGCAGAUGUCUACUGCUUCGGCAUCAUUAUACUGGAGGUCAUCACUGGGAGGAUCCCAGGUGAAGCUUCACCAGGGAUCAAUGCAACAGUUGAGGACCUUUCUGAUUGGGUAAGAACAGCAGUGAAUAAUGAUUGGUCCACAGAUGUAUUAGACGUAGAGAUAGUAGCAGCAAGAGAAGGGCAUGAUGAGAUGUUGAAGCUCACAGGGAUAGCUCUGGAAUGUACAGAUACAACACCAGAGAAGCGACCAAAGAUGACUGAAGUGUUGAGAAGAAUACAAGAAAUUGAGGACAUGGGAGAAAAACAAAUAAGUGGAAGUGAAGCAAGUUGAUUCAUGUAGGAUCUUC